AUGGCCAAGGCUGCCGCAGCGCUUCUGCCGGGCCUGCUCCCGACCCCGCCGAUGAGCACGAUGACGCCGUGCCUCAUCAUCCUGCCGUCUUCCUUCGCCUCCAUGCCCAAGCCCGGCCGCGCCGAUUCAGUCGAGAGGUGGGACGCACACAAGAAGGACCGGAAACCUGGCAGCCCUUCUUCAUCGUCGUGUGGCAGUUCAAGUCCAGGGCGCGCGUCCUCCGUCGAGCGCUGGGACAUAAACAAGAAGUUCGGGAGGAGCAGCAGCAGCAGCACGUGUUCGUCAUCGUCGUCUAGCCGGGGAAGCAGCAGCCCGAUGCCUGGCCCUGGCCGUGCUUCGUUGUGCGAAAAGUGGGACAGCAACAAGCGGGCCCCCAGCCGCACCUCCUCCGCCGAUCACUGGGACAUGCACAAGAAGACUCGUGCAGCAGAGUCCGACGCCGAGAGCAGGACGAGCGAGCAGGAAGAACGGGAGAUCAACGACGAGCAGCCGCAGGCGGAAGAGGCGAUGGAUCAUGUCUUCUCUGGAUCGAGCUUCUUCGCCUCGCCGGAGCCGAGCAUGCUUCCCAUGCCGACCUUCUUCCGCUCGCGGUGCCCAAGCAUGAUGUUUGUGCCUGCACACUAG